CCGCCAUGGACCUGAGCCUGACCCGGGUGGAUUAUCUGCAGGUGGGAGUGACAUCUCAGAAAACAAUGAAGUUGCUCCCUACAUCAAGACGUAAGGCAACACAGAAGGUUGUCAUUGGAGAUCAGGACGGUGUUGUUACCUGUUUUGGGAUCAAAAAAGGAGAACCUGUGCCAGUGUUCAAGACUUUGCCAGGAGAAAAGAUUGCGAGGCUAGAAUUGGGAGGUGCCCUGAAUACACUCCAGGAGAAAAUUUUUGUGGCUUCAGGAUCUGAAGUUCGAGGUUUUACAAAGAGAGGGAAACAGUUUCUUUCAUUUGAUACCAAUCUCACUGAGAACAUCAAAGCCAUGUAUAUAUCUGGAUCAGAUCUCUUUCUUUGUGCAAGUUAUAUCUAUAACCACUACUGUGACUGUAAGGACCAGCACUACUACCUAUCAGGAGAUAAAAUCAAUGAUGUUCUCUGUCUUCCAGUAGAGAAACUAUCUUGCAUUACACCAGUAUUGGCCUGUCAAGACAGAGUCCUUAGGGUUUUGCAGGGAUCAGAUUUGCUGUAUGAAAUGGAAGUCCCUGGUCCACCAUCUGUUCUGGCUUUGAAUGAUGGAAAUGGUGGUGACUCUGGUGAAGAAAUUCUUUUUGGGACAUCUGAUGGUAAAAUUGGUCUGAUACAAAUUUCCAUAGGUUCUCCAGUUGAAAAGUGGAAAAUUGAAAAUGAGAAAAAAAGAGGAGGUAUCUUAUGUAUGGAUAGCUUUGACAUUUUAGGAGAUGGAGUGAAGGAAUUGCUUAUUGGCAGAGAUGAUGGAAUUUUAGAAAUCUAUAACUUUGAAAAUCCAAACAGCCCUGUUCUCAGACACGAAUACGCCUUUUCAGAGAGUGUCACAUCUGUCCAAGGCGGCUGUGUUGGGAAGGAAGGCUAUGAUGAGAUCAUAACAUCAACAUAUUCAGGGUGGGUGUCAGGACUGACUACAGAGCUUAUCCAUAGAGAAGGUGGAUUAGGAGAUGAAAUAAAGAUGAGUCAUGAAAUGCAGAACAAGAUUUUAUCCUUAAGGAAUGAGUUGGAACACCUGCAGGUCAAAGUUCUUCAGGAGCGUGAGAAGUACCAGCAGAACUCUCAGUCCAGCACUGCCAUUUCAACAGUCCUAACAUUUAGUAUAAAUGACAAGUUUACCCUAAAUAGAGAUGAUGCCAGCUACAGCCUUGUCUUGGAAGUCCAGACAGCUAUUGACACAGUUUUGCUACAAUGUGAUGUUCCAAUAGACCUCAAGGAUGUGGAUAAAAAUUCAGCCGUUGUGAGUGUUGUUGACUGUGAAUCUGAGUCAAAUGGCAAUUUCCUUCUUGCUACAUACCGGUGUCAAGCAAACACAACAAGGCUGGAACUUAAGAUUCUGUCAAUUGAAGGUCGUUAUGGGACGUUGCAGGCGUACAUAAUUCCAAGAGUUCAACCAAAAACCUGUCAAGUUCAGCAGUAUCAGAUUAAGCCGCUCUCACUUCACCAGCGGACCCAUUGUAUUGACCAUGACAGACCCAUGAAUACCUUAACUCUCAAAGGACAGUUUAGCUUUGCUGAAGUUCAUUCCUGGGUUGUGUUUUGUUUGCCUGAAGUUCCUGAAAAGACACCAGUGGGAGAGAGCAUCAGCCUCUACUUUCAAAACACCUUCUUGGAUACACAGCUUGAAUGUACUUACCGGAAAGGGGAGGGACAUUUCAAAUCUGAUAAUAUAUCUACGAUAUCCAUUCUAAAAGAUGUGCUCUCUAAAGAAGCCACCAAAAGGAAGAUUAACCUGAGUAUAUCAUGUGAUAUAAAUGAAGCAUCUGUGAGUCACACUUUAAAGCUAAUCCACCCAAAAUUAGAAUAUCAGCUGAUGUUGGCUAAGAAAGUUGAAUUGAUAGAUGCUUUAAAAGAAUUACAGACUCAUGAAGGGAAUAUGGACUUCCUGAUUCCAGAAUACCGCAGUAUUGUGGAAGAGGCCGAGCAGCUGCUCAAAGAACAUGAGAAACAACCUGCAUCUCUUGAACGACUUUACGGUAUGAUUACAGAUCUAUUUAUAGAUAAAUUUAAAUUCAAAGGUACGAACGUGAAAACCAAAGUUCCUCUCCUCUUGGAAAUUUUGGGAAGCUAUGAUCAAAACAAUCUGCUUGCCUUUUUUGAUAGUGCUGCCUAAGCUACAAGAAUUUAAACA